AUUUAAACAGCUUUGGAAGAAGAGAGGCCAUGUGUGGAAGAGACAGUGUGUAACUACAGAGAUGAGGCCUGGAGGGAGGAGUUUCUGCCCCAGCACGUGAAUUUAAGGGCCAGACCUGAGCCCUGGAAGGCUCCGGUGGACACCACGGAUCUGAAGGGCAAAGGCAGGGGCUGCUGGAGCCUGCAUCAUGUCGAGUAAGCAGAGGAGGAAGGCUCUGCCCUGGGCACUGUCACUGCUUCGCAUGGGCUUCCAGCUCCUGGUGACCUAUGCCCAGUGUUCUGAGGAGGAAAUGGGUGGUAAUAAUAAAAUAACCCAGGAUCCUAUGUUCCUCACCACAGUGGAGUUUGCCUUGAACACUUUCAAUGUGCAGAGCAAGGAGGAGCAUGGCUACAGGCUGUUGCGCGUUCUGAGUUCAUGGAGGGAGGACAGAAAUUGGCGAGGUAAGAUGGUGUUCUCCAUGAAUCUGCAACUACGCCAAACUGUAUGUUGGAAAUUUGAAGAUGACAUUGACAACUGCCCUUUUCAAGAAAGCCCGGAGCUGAACAAUGUAAGACAGGGUGUCAGCUUUCCUCAGGUCCACAACUGUGGAUGCUGCAUGGGGUGUGGUGUGGGCACAGGAGCAGCUGGCAAAGCCAUUCCGAGCGACAAAGGCAAGUGA